AUGGACGUGCCUCUGGAGCCUUCUUCGGGGAUGCUCUCUUUGCAUUUGGAAGCAGAGGGGGGCACUGAAGGGAAAAGUCUUUUUUUUGCCGAGCCAAGCCACAGCGGCCAGAAGAGCGGUGAUGCCGCGUCAAUUUCCGACGACGACGACGAUGCACAUGAAAAAAAGAAGAAAAACAAAAAACGAAGAAGGGCUGAGAGAGCAGCAGCGGAAGCCGCCAAAAAAAAAGAACAAACAGAGGAAAAGUUUAAAAAAUGCACAAGUUAUUGCGGAAGACGCAAGGCCUUGUCUGACUUCAAUGCUGACCAAAACUCUUGCAAAGAUUGUGUAUUGCACCAAAAAGCAUUUUGGCGCCAGGCCAAAAGCCAGGGAUGUGAGAAAGACAUGAAAGAUCUGGUAAAAAGCGAUCCGAAAAUGGCAUUGGAUGUGCAGAAAGAAUUUGCAAAGGAGCGGAUGCAAGCCGCAGCACAGGAGAAAAAAAUUAAAUUCAGUAUCCAAGCUUUCCGCAAAACAUUGGAAAGCCGCAGCGGCGAACGCUCAGACGAAGUCAAGAAGAUGAUGUGGGAAGGCUUCAGUGAAGUUGCUGCGAAAAAGGAAUUCACGCAGGAAGAGCGGUUAUCUCGCAACGCAACAGAUGCAACAGUGGCGGCUCGCGCCCGCAUGGUGGUCACUGACUCCGCCAACGCAGAAGAAGAGGCCGUGGGUGGUGUCAAGCUGGCAGACAUUAAAAAAGAAGCAGCGCAACAUGGUGUGGACAUGGCAGAGAUGUAUGCCGCCCGCACGACGAAGAAGAAGAAACGCCGCUUAAGCGGCAGAACAAGAGGAGACAAAGCCGCAGAAGGGGAUGGCGACAAAGAAAAACAAAGCGAUGAUGAAUCUCAAGACAGCAGCAAAUAUUCUGACGCAGAUUGCCCUACGCCCAAACCCAAAGCAGCAAAAUGGUUCGAUGCAGAAACAAAGUGCCGAAAGGCAGAAAGAACAUGGGUGACAGGUCUGGAGGAUCUGGCAAAUUCGGUGCAAACCCUUUUGAAACAAUGCGCUGACUGUCUCGAUGGUUUCCGCGGAAAGCCUGAGGCCAACAAGUUCACCGAGGAAAUGUCCAUUCUAGAGAAGCGGCAAAAAUGGGCUGCCGCAAUCAUAGAAGCAGAUGAUGCAGCAUUGAAUGCCCACAAGCAGGAGCAGCAAGCGGAGGAAAAGCAAGCCAUGGCGGACUCACAAACUACAUCGCAAGAUGUGGCGGCUCUAGCAGAAAAAAGAGUCCAAGCGCAGAAGAAGAAAGAGGAAGACAGAGCCGCCAAGGAAGCUGCGAAAGUGGCCAAGGCAGGCGCGGCAAGCGGGAACGCAGCCGAAGGGGAAGCAAGCCGUGCAAAUGCUAAGUCUCAAGUCCUGCGGAAAAAACAAGCAGCGCAGAACAUCUUGUUGGAUAACAACUCUGAGCUUUGGCAAGAUGACUCUUUCCGCAUCCCGGUGCUUCGCCAAGAGGAAUUGGACCCCGAUCUGUGCAAUGAACCAUUCAUACAAAGCGGAAUAAACCUUCCACAAGAAGUCUCUGCUGCAGUGACAGAAUUCGGAAAAGUCUUUGCUGGUUCGGCAUUGAGAGUUACUGAUGGCCGUGCACAAACCGCCUUGGAUGAUGAGCACAGCAGCUUGCUGAUCAAAGCGCUGACAAACGAGGAAAGGGUUCCGUCGUUUUGGUCAGUGGAGGCCCUGUCAGAGACUGCGUCUUCAAGAGAUGCGUUGUUGAACAUUCAAAAAGCCAGCAGAUUUGGUUUUGCUGCUUGCUCCGUGUCCAGUGGCCGAAGUGAGCUCGCCAUGCUGCCUUGUUUCCGGAUCCUGGUGACAGGAAACAUGAUGGUAGCAGUUUUGACACCCCGUUCUUUGGAAGACCCCAAGAAAAUGCUGGAAGACAUGACUAGCGGAAACGCGCAGGUCCUGAUGAAAAGAGCCAGAGAUAAAGAACUUUGCGUCGCAACGCUGGGCCCAGGUGACAUGCUUUUCUUGCCCCCUGUGUGUGCAGUGAGCCACAGGGUGCAUGCCCAUGAUGUCUUGGGGAUCCGCGUGGGGGCCUAUAGCCGUAAAUUCCACGAGCGGAUGGAACAAGCGACAGCGGAAAAAGCGGACAACACCGCAAUCCCCCCAAGCAUCUGUGCAAUCCUGCAGUCCGCAAUGGCCGAACAGGCAGAGCUUCAAUAUUCCGAAGUGAUGAUGCAAAGCACUGCGGAAAAACGGGCUGAGCAAAGCCAUGCUGCUCCGCAUGUUGCAGUCGUUCCUGCGGAGGCAAAGGCAUCUGACCAGACAGAAAAAGAAACAGAUAGCAAAGACGAAAGCGCCCCAGCACCCAUGCAGAAUGAAGACAAGGACAACAGCGGACAAACUCCGCAGCAGCAAGCCCAGAGCGAGAAGAGAGCGAUAGCACCAGAUGCUGCAAACUCGCAUGGAGCGAAUAAUGAGAGCCCUGGCGAGAAAAAUGCCAACAUGAGGGUGGCACCACCCAACCUGGACCCAAAGAAGAAAGACGAGUUGGAGUUGGAGCCGCAGGCCCCAGCGGCGGAAGCCCUUGCUGCAGCUUCAGGGGCUGAACCUUCGGGAGAUGCUUCAAGGCCGCCACAGCCAGAAGAAAAACCAAAAAAGAAAGAAAGCACGGCCAAGGCAGCGGCGGCGCCUAAACCGGCAGCGGCCAAGGCCGACUCAGCUGCCAAAAAAAGAAAACAGGAAGAACCCAGCGAAACAACCAAAGGAAAGGGCAAAAAGGUGUUGAGGUCAAGCUUCGGCUUAAAGGUCCAGGCGUACGUGGAGAAGUGCGAGAUGAGUGGAGAGUCUGUUCGUGGACGCAUGCUUAUCAACAUGGUUAGUUCUGAGUUUGAUACCAGUCAUGCCUCCACAUCAAUCACGUCUAGCCUUGAACUUUUUCAACUUCCGGCGCCCCAAGACAGUGCCACAGGACUUAAGAAUUGGGCGGACAAGGUGACAUACGUUCUCUCCCAAUUGCCGAUUGCAGAUCGACCUCAGGAUUCUUUGAUGUCGCAAUGGGCUUACAACUCUCUCAAGAAGCACUCACUACUUAGGAGAACCAUUGACCAAUAUGCCGAUCGUCCCACUCUUCGUUCAUUUGACUUUUUGUGGACAGGGGUGGAACAAGCUUUGAGAGAAUCUCAGUAUGACACCAAUGCACAAAGCAUCAGGGAUGAUCUUCGUAAAGGUCCCAGUAGCCCGAAAAAGGACACCAAAGCUAUGGUUGCGAAGGGUUCCCAACCCAAAGGGAAGGGUAAAAAGGAUCAGGGUUCGUCUUCAAAGGAGACCCCCAAGGGCAAAGGUUUGACAGCUGUUGCUGCAGCACCGGGGGGGGGACACGAGCCUUCAAAUGUAGUAGUGGAAAAGGGUGAUUCAAAGGCCGAUGUUGAAGGCAUUCCCGAUGAUCCAGCACCAGAUCAUGAUGACGAACUGUUGGAUAUCGAGGUUGACAAAGAUCAUUUGCUUACUCAUUUGCCUAAAUCCAAACAUUGCCCAGUGUGUAUCCAAGCAAAGCUCUAUGAUGCACCCCACCGCAAAAGGGCGAACCAAAGAGAAUAUCUCCGAGAAAUUCGAGACAUGGAAGAACCCAAAGAACCACUUGAAAGGGUCGCAUGUGACCAUGUGAUUUCUAGGACUCAUCCAGGGAUUCAUGGUGAACAGUAUACCUUUGUAACCAUUGAUCGGUAUAGCGGACUGGUUGGUUCAUAUCCUCUAAAGGCAAAGAAUGCAGAGGGAACUGAGGAAGCACUCAGGAGGUUUUGUGGUAGCCGGAAGGCGGGAAUCGUGUCGGUCGCAAGUGACCGGGCACCCGAGAUCUUGGCUGCUUUGACGAACCUUGGUUUUGCCUCUGAACCUGCAGAGCCUAGGAAUAGUAUCCAUAACCCGUUUGCAGAAUCAUUCAUCAGGACUUUGAAGGGCAUUUCAGCCUCCAUCCUGUUGCAAUCCGGUCUUAGCCAUGAGUUUUGGCCGUUGGCACAUAGGUACAUUGAAUGGGCUUACCCCAUCACCAAAGUAUCCACUGCAGAUCCAGAGAUCACAUGCUAUGAAGCUCAUCAUGGUUAUGCUUACGAAGGUGUCAAGGCACCAUUCGGUUGUUUGGUUUACAUCAAGUCAGUAGACCCAUUACCGUUUGCACCCAAAGGGGGAAGUGCCUUGUUCCUUGGUGGUGAGUUGAUUGCAGGUCAGAAGUUCAAAGGGUUAUAUCAUGUCAUGCCUUUGUCAUCAUUUCGGGAUGGUACCUACCGGGAAAGGAUAGUCAGAACUUUGGCGUUUCCUCCGGGGCAGUGGCAGUUUCCGGUGAAAGGGUCAGGUGAGAAUGUACUAAAAGUUGAUAAUCAGCCUGGUUACUUAGGGAACUUCCCCGAAGAACUUGAUGAUGAGGAUUUGGAUGAUGAAGAAAUUGCACGUAGGGAUGCAUUGUUGGAAAAGGAGAUCAAGGAUUUCAUCAUUGAAGCCGAGAAAUCUUCCAAAGGUGGCGGUGGAGAAUCCAGCUCUGUGCAUGCGCGGGUGGAGACAAAACCAAAACCGGCGGAGAGGAAUCGGAAAAUCACCAAGUUGAGGGUUGCGUCAUAUGGUCCAACCAAAGGUUGUGAUGCAUGUAAGUAUGGCAACGACUAUCACACGAAGGAAUGUCGAUCCCGAUUCAAUACUCUACUUGAAGGUGAACCCAUCAAAGCCCCCAAAACGCCAGUUGUAGGUGUUCCCAAAACUCCAGUUGAGUCUCACGAGCCAAAGGUUGGUGAAGGGCCAAGUUCUUCAGCGGUCGGGGGGGCGGAUGAUGACUAUGAACCUUCGGUUGUUGGUGAUGUUGGUCCGGUUGAGGAAAUUACCUCCAGCGAAGGUGCAAAGCAGGCGUUGAUGCAAGAGGCGGACGAAAUGCGCCGCUUAAAGGUGUGGAAUGAAGCAGAAGCAAUUGAAGUGGACAGUCUUCUGCAGUGGUCCAGGUUGAAGCGGCUUGUGGGCUACGUCAAACAAACUGCUCAUUUUGGAAUCAUGGGUGAAGUUGCGAAGACAGAAGCGGAACUCGCUUCUGCAAACGAAGGGGUGUUUCAAGACAUGAUACCCACAAAGACUGUUUCUUUUGGCAAGAGCCUGCGCUGUUGCUGCCUGGCGGCAUUACGCACCGUGAAGAGCUGCGUGGGCACAAGCUGGUGCCGCUAUGGCCAGCAGGAUUCUGUCACCAUGGCUGUGACUUUGGAGAAUCGCUACAAAGGUCUUCGCGCGCCUCACAAGAUCAAGAUGGCUGCUUCCGGAUGCUUGCGUGAGUGUGCAGAGGCUCAGGGAAAAGACGUGGGCGUCAUCGCCACGCAGGCUGGCUACAAUCUCUAUGUGUGUGGCAAUGGUGGGGCCAAGCCAGUGCACGCUAAGCUUUUGGCCACAGACUGCUCAGUCGAGGAGUGCCUGAAAUAUGUCGAUCGAUUCUUGAUGUACUACAUUUCUACAGCCAAGCACCUGCAGCGCACAGCACCUUGGCUGGCUGAACUUGAAGGUGGCAUUGAUUACUUGAAGAAGGUUGUCAUCGAGGAUUCUCUGGGCAUAGCUGUUGAUUUGGAGCAAAUGAUGGAACGCAACCGAGCCAACGAAAAAUGUGAAUGGAAGGCAGUGGCAUAUGAUGAGGAGUUGCGCCAGAAAUUCCAACAGUUUGCGAACACCAAAGAGACUCAUGACUCAGAACAGAUUGAAUACAUUGACAUGCGAGGCCAGCGCCAUCCCAACCUUUACAGUCCACCAGACAUCACUGGCCCAGCACUAUACAGAAAAGAGGACAGCCACUCGAGUGACUGGGAGUGGAUCUUUGCAGGACUGGUCAGCGCCUACCCCAAAAAUGGUGGGCUCAGUGUGAAGCAUGGCAUGCAGGAACUGGCAGUGUUCCACCUUCCAAGUGCAGAACCAAAGGAACAGUGGUUGGCGACGCAGAAUCUAUGCCCCCACAAGCAGGCUCGGACUAUUUCGCGCGGCCUUGUGGGAGUGCAGCCCAACGGGACAUUGACCGUGGCAGACCCCAUCUACAAGACCACCUAUAACCUUGUGACCGGUGAGGGCAUUAGCAACCCGAACUUCAACCUUUCAACUUUCAAGACGAAGGUGGAGGAUGGCAAGGUUUUUGUGCAGGUUCCUCCCUGCAGUGAGAUGGAAGAGAAAAUGGAGAAGAUGAUCCAAGAGUCCUUCAAAGCUGACGGGAGAGAAUACUUGGCAAAGAAGACAGGUGGACCUGUGGACCACAUGGGUCAAUGCUUGUCAAAGCAAAAGGACUUGUCAUGGUGA